AUGAAGGUGGGAGAUAACAACGUCAUCGAAUCCAAAGCAUUUGUCGGCAGGAACGUGAUCCUGACGAGUGGCUGCAUCAUCGGGGCAUGCUGCAACAUCAACACCUACGAGGUGAUCCCUGAAAACACCGUCAUCUACGGGGCCGACUGCCUCCGCCGUGUCCAGACCGAGCGGCCACAGCCCCAGACGCUGCAGCUGGAUUUCCUGAUGAAGAUCUUACCAAACUACCAUCACCUAAAGAAAACGAUGAAGGCCACAUCCACUCCUGUCAAGAGCUGAGCUCCUUGUGCUAACUCUACUGUACGUGCUUCUUUUUGGGAAUAAAAUGUCGUCUGCUUUUCUGCCAA